UUUGGUCACGCGGUCAAUGACAUCAGCAGAAGCGUUUCGUACGCAGAUGUGUGCGACACAUGUAACAUCACCGGCUCUCCGUGAGCACCGGGGCUUCAUUUUCACCGUCAUCCUGCGACUGGACCUGAGAGGAACGGGAAUGUCAUUCUCACGUACUGUAUAACCAACACCUUUGGAUAAAAACGUUUUAGGAACAGGGAGCCUCUGGUGAAGCUAACAGUAGUUAGCUUGGCUAGCAUAGCAGGUGAACUGUUACCAUCGCUGUUAGGUGACUAAGGUUCAACUUUAUCCAACUCGAGCAAACUAUUCAAACGGGUGAGGCUACAGUUAAAUACAAGGACGGACUUUGAGCUCCACAAGGUUAAGAUUUCAGUCUUGCUAACUGUUAAAGAGGUGCUACCGGUUAGUAUAGUACCGGUUGAUUAGCCCAUCUGACUUCCUUGCGUCGUUCGAGGUCAUUCUGUAGCGUCUACCUUAGACAGCCGAGUAUUAUCAGGAAACUAGUCAUGAAAAGUCUUCCAUUCUUCUGCCGGGGAGAGGUCAUCAGAGGCUUCGGGAGAGGAAGCAAAGAGCUUGGGAUUCCCACAGCCAACUUCCCAGACACAGUGGUGGACAGUCUUCCAGCAGAUAUCAGCACAGGAAUCUAUUAUGGCUGGGCUUGCGUGGGUAACGGGGAUGUCCACAAAAUGGUGAUGAGCAUUGGCUGGAACCCUUACUACAAAAACACCAAAAAGUCUAUGGAAACCCAUGUGAUUCACAAGUUCAAAGAGGACUUUUAUGGGGAGAUUCUCAGUGUUGUCAUGGUGGGCUACAUCCGUCCAGAAAGAAGCUACAACUCUCUUGAGGCUCUAAUUGCAGCCAUCAACAGCGACAUUGAGGAGGCAAAAGUCAAGCUGGAGCUCCCAGAGCAUGUCAAACUGAGAAACAACAACUUCUUCACCAGCGCUUCCAGCUCAUCUUCAGCCCUGCCCACCACCACAGCAUCUACAUCACAGACUAUUAUGAAUGGUCACUGACAGCUGGCUGUGACUGCAGUGCGCACACACACACACACACACACACACACACACCAGAACAACACAGAGAUGUCUCCGUACACUCAGGUUUCUGCAUUUUUCCUCAUUAAAAUGCACAGCCUCAUUCUGAGAUCUCUCAGCUAUCGCCAUGGCUGCAUGUAUACAUAAUCAUAAACAGCCCAUCUUUUUUUUAUUAUGUUUUUCUUUUACUUUGUCAGUGUUUCUGUGUUUAAGUAGUCGAUUAACUUCCACUAUCAGUUUGUUGUAGUCACUUCUUUCAUGAUGUUCAUUUGUGUAUAUUCACACAGACUUCUGUAUGCAGCUCUUGGAUCUCACUGCUCCUGCUGUAUAUUUGGAAUCCUUUAUGUGAGAAGGUACCUACAAAAAUACAGAUCUUGCUAUGAGGUGACCAGUUAUGUAAUAAUCUAUUUCCAAGGAACUACACAAAUAUAGACCAUAAACUCAACUCUGUGAACACUAUCCAGCCAAGAUCAUAAAUAUGUCAGUUAUUGAA